UUAUAUCUUUACGCAAUCUGAUGAAAUUGACAUCUCUCUUGUUUUUAUUUUAGUAUCUGCUAAAUAUACAUAUAUAUAUAUAUAUUCAAUAUGUGAUUGAAUGUGAAAACAUUAUUCAUCCUCCAUGGCACAUUUUCGAUAUAAAUUCCAAAUUUUCAAUUUACUUGCACUAAACGUAAUAUCUCGAUUAAUAUUUACGCAUAUUUAUAAAUAAAAAAGUAUGUAUUAAUCAUAAUGUAUUUUCAGAAAAAUAAAUAUAACCACUUCUUUUGGCAACAAUCGUGGCAUUGUGCCAAGGUUUUCUCUUCAAAGAAAAAUACCAAUGAGUAUUAUAACAAGAGAUCAAUACAAACUACAUUAAAGAAUUCUGAGCGUUAUGAAUUAAAAAGAAAGAAGGGUUUGAAUUUCCAAAGGACAUCGAUAAGGAAAAAGAAACCUGUGGAAUUAACCUUUUGGAAAUAUAUAUUUGAUCCUAAAAAAUUCUCAAAGAUCUUUUCUGUUUACUGGUUAACUCAUCGUCAGAGAAAAAUAUAUGAUGAAAAGAAUUUACAUGAUCAAGCAACACGCAAAGAUGUAUUAGUCUAUAAUGAGCCGAUGAAAUCUUUAGAAGAAUCCAAAAAACUCGUGAAAUUACAACUUAAGCCAUUACCAAAGUACAAAAUGCCAAUAGCUGUUUUGCUAAACAACACGAUGAAAAAAGAUGUCACCAAGGAUAUAUCUGUUAAUUAUGAGAAGAGUGACAUUUAUGAGGAUAAAAUAGUAACAUCUACAGCGUCCAGAAAACCAUAUGAAGAGAUGAAGCCGCCUUCAAAUAUUAAAAAAGUUAUAAACAUUAAAUUGAACGGCAUUAAACCAUAUGAGAAACCAAUAAGUAUAAUAGAAGCCUGUGAUGAUACAACGAAGGUUCUGCGCCAGGCUAUGAUGCAGGAAGAACCACCAAUGUACUCGAGAAUCGAGCGACUUAAGAUUUUAAUAAAUGAAAAAAUUACCAAGUCCGAAAGUGCAUCGGAAACAGAUUCGAAACGUAAAAAUCUCAAUGGAUAAAUAUCUACAGUUGGCUGUACAAUAAUUAAUAAUAAAUAAACGCUUUUUUAUAAUA